AUGUCUUCCAAGCUCAUGAGUAUAACCGCAAAUUUUAUGGACGACAGUGACUCAUCCGUGAGGCGAGCUGCUAUUAAGGCCUUAGGCAGACAAUCUCCCUGGCCGCCCGAGAUCCUACAGGCGAUCAUGUGCCGAUUAGACGACGAUGACAAGGGUGUAAGGCAGGAAGCUGUUGACGCCCUAGGCAUACAAUCUCCCUGGCCGCCUGAGAUCCUGCAUGCAGUCACGUGCCGGUUGGAUGAUGAUGCCUCGUAUGUGAGGCAGGCAGCUAUUCAGGCCUUAGGUACACAAUCUCCUUGGCCGCCUGGGAUCCUGCAGGCGGUCACGUGCCGAUUGCGUGAUGCUGCCUCGUAUGUGAGACAUGCAGCUGUUGAUGCCUUAGGCAGACAAUCUCCCUGGCCACCAGAGAUCCUGCUGGCGGUCACGUGCCGGUUGGAUGAUGAUACCUCAUAA